AUGUCCAAUCUAAAUCAAAAUGAGCCCGAUCACGACUUAGAAGGUCUACCUCCAUCUGUAAGACGGUACGUCUACGAAGGACUAGAUCGCUUCUCUCAGAUCAUAACGGUUGAACGAAAGCGCCUACUCAACUCGAUUCUAGAAUGUCGUGAACACAACAAACUCAAUACAGCAUGCGACGAAACCUCCAGCGCUGAUCCGAUCACCCCUGAGGUCACAGAAUUUCUCAUCUUUUCGAUGGACGAGGUUACUUUCCAACGGGAUUUCCUGGACCACGAUCCGAUCCUUGGGUUUUCAAUACGACUAUCAUUCAACCCCGAAACACAAUUUCUCAUCGUUAAGAUGAUCACCCCAGAACACGGCCAGAUCGGUGUCGCCAUCCACGACGCGGUGCACGAGGCUAUUGUAUCUAUGGGGCUCAGAAAUGCAAUUUUCUCUUAUGACGCCGUGGAUAUUGAUGUAAAUGGGAGAAAAAAACAGGCAGAUGUGGGCUGGGGUCCGAGGAGGCCUCCUCCAGGCUGUCCCAAAAAACGACCCUCGGUGGUCGUUGAAAUUGGGGUCUCUGAGACCCAAGGCAAAUUACGCCGAGAUAUCAAUCUUUGGCUCGAUCCCAAUCAGGGGAAUGCCAAGGUCGCUUUUGCAGUCAAACUGAAUCGCAAGAGAGCAAUUAUCAGUAUUGAUAGAUGGAUGUUGGACCCUGCCACCGGGAGACCGAUUCAAUCCCAACAUAUCGAGGUUUCAAAAGACGAGACAGAUGAAUUCAAACUGAUUGGAGGUCCCCUGAUCAUUCUUUUCCGUCAUUUGUUUCUACGAGAUCCCCAGACUCCGCAAGAAAAGGACGUGGUCAUUGACAGGGAACAGUUGAUUGAGAUUGCCGAGUUGGGAUGGGAGAUGCAGUAUAUGUAG